UUAACUAAUCUAUCGAUUAAUCGAUGAACUGAUUAACCGAUUGCAUUGAUUCGGUUUCGAUUUGCAUAUUUAAAAAAUCGAUCAAAUCAGUUCGAUUUGAAAAAAUACUCCAACCGAACCGUGGGCACCCCUACUCCAUCGUACAAUCUCGUGACAAUAGGGUCCUGCUUGUCUUUUUUCCCCUUUAUUAAUGGCUUGGCUUUCCUUGAUUGUCUAUUAAUGGGUCCGAUCCCAUCUCAUGAUAAAUGGGUUGAGUUAAAGCCUGGCCCAUGGUGGGCUUGGAUGCACAUAAUUGGAAGGAUAGAUGUUGGAUGGAGAUCGGAUUUGGAAUUUAAGUGUGUGGGUUGUGAAAGGUGGUGGUGGUGAAAACGAGUGUGAGUGCGAGUGUGAGAGGGAGUAAGGGGAUAUCCAUGGAGGAAAACAUAUGGAGGGAGCAAGAAAUGGAGGCGUGACCAGGCUUCCUCGCCCUUCACAAGUUUUCUGCUCAUUCUUUCUUCCCUUCGGCUUAAAAUAAUAUUCUCUUUGACAUCUGCAUAGACAGAACGUUUUCUCGAUCUGAGGACAUGGAGGACGAGAAAAAAUCCUCGGCUGUCUCGGAUGUGAGUGCGUGGGCAAUGAACGUAAUCAGCUCCGUUGGCAUUAUCAUGGCCAACAAGCAGCUUAUGUCCCCUAGCGGCUACGCCUUCAGCUUUGCAACAACUUUGACUGGGUUUCACUUCGCGGUGACUGCAUUGGUUGGUUUCGUGUCAAAUGUUUCCGGGUAUUCUGCUUCAAAACAUGUACCUUUAUGGGAGCUUCUCUGGUUUUCAGUGGUUGCCAAUAUGUCAAUUACGGGGAUGAACCUAAGUCUAAUGCUAAACUCUGUAGGAUUUUAUCAGAUUUCAAAACUAAGCAUGAUUCCGGUGGUUUGUGUGAUGGAAUGGGUCAUUCAUGGCAAACAUUACUCGAGAGAGGUUAAGAUGGCUGUGGUGGUUGUGGUUGUUGGUGUAGGUGUUUGUACUGUAACAGAUGUGAAGGUGAACGCCAAGGGGUUCCUGUGUGCUUGCAUGGCAGUCCUUUCAACAUCAUUGCAGCAAAUUACAAUUGGUUCCUUACAGAAGAAGUACUCGAUUGGCUCAUUUGAAUUACUAAGCAAGACUGCCCCAAUACAAGCCUUCUCUCUUCUUGUGCUUGGUCCUUUUAUUGAUUACUACCUUAAUGGGCAAUUCAUAAUGAACUACAAGUUGUCUUCCGGUGCCAUUCUCUUCAUACUCCUCUCGUGCUCGUUGGCUGUAUUCUGCAAUGUGAGCCAGUACCUUUGUAUUGGACGCUUUUCGGCUGUUUCCUUCCAGGUGUUAGGUCAUAUGAAAACCAUGUGUGUCCUCACAUUGGGGUGGCUGCUCUUCGACUCACAGCUGACACUUAAAAAUAUACUUGGGAUGGCUCUUGCAGUCCUUGGAAUGGUAGUUUACAGUUGGGCAGUGGAGGUCGAGAAACAGGUUAAUUCCAGUAUCAUCGCCCACUUGAAAUCCAAGGAAAGCUCGACAGAAGAGGAAAUCAGACUACUUAAGGAUGGGGCAGAGAAUACUAAUGUGAAGGAUGUUGAACUUGGCGGAUCCAAAAGCUAGGUAGAUAUCCUUUAUGGCAAGAAAUUGAUCUAUUUUGUUCGGACUUUAUGUUCUGGCAUUCUUGCUUCAUUAUGGUGUGCAUCAUGCAAAGAUGGAUCAAGUCCACCCCAUUCUCAUCCUUCGGCCACCUUUUUGAAGCAUAUGUGCUUUCAGUUACCCAAAGAAAUUCUUUUUUUCCUUUUUCAUUAUUUUUCAUGGAGAUCAAGAUGGUAAAGCUAUAAUGGGGGUGGGAAGAUGUAAAAUAUAUUAGUUAGUACAAGUCUUGCUAUCAAAUAGGAUUUUUUUUUUGGGUGAAAUUUUAAUCAAAUGGGAUAUUCGCUGUUUUGUAGUCCUUUCCUACUUAUGAUUGAUUGUCCUUCGGAGAGAAGGCUGUUCUUGUCUAUAUUUGGAAAAAUGGUUUGAUA